GUUUGUUGUACCAUUGGAAGGUCAGGUUCAAAUCUUUGGUCAUAUGCAUUGAUAAAUAGCAGAGGGUCAAGAAAAAAAUAAAAUUCUAAAUCUGUUUUCUAUUGGACCAUCUUGACUUUACUUGUAAUGCAAAAGUAUAGUGAACAAAAACAUUUUACACUAAAUAAUGCAAUGCUGCUUUGCUUACCUUGAACAUAAUUGUAGCUGCUGGUGGAACCCAAGAUCAUAAUGCCAGUGAGAAACCAAAGCACAGGUCAAGGCGCAAAUCAUCAACUGGCGCUGGCUCACCUUUAGGUUCUCCGAAGGCUGAGAAGCAUCACAGGCGCCGCUCUUCUAAUAUUUCAAUGGAUUCCCCAGGUCGUGAACACCCAACAAGCAACCUUCCCAGGAGAAAGGGCAGUUCAAACCACAGUGCUGAAUCACCCAUGCAUGAUGCUGCCAUGCCUCCAAAACACUCCCGUCAGAAGAAGUCAUCAAAGGAAUCAUCUGGCAGUGGAUCAACAAAACCAUCGAGAUCCAAAGGCCAGAAUUCUUUGUCUAAUGUCCUGGAACUUAAAUCUGGGAAAGGACAUGAUGACAGCCAAAACAGUACAUUUUCAGAAGCACAUAAAGACAGCAACAGUAAUUGGAGCUUAAGGGACAAGAGUAAUUAAUUUGUAAGUUUGAGGUUUUUAAUUAAAGCAUACCUCUGCAUCCAAGGCGUGCAGCCCCAAGGCAUGCAGCCCCAAUCAAUUCCUUCUUCCAUCACUGUUGCAUCAAUUUUGGUUUGUAGAUCAUUGUCAAAUUCCAUAUCUGAAAAAACUUUUGAAAUGCCA